AUGCAGAGAGAGGGAAGACGUGGGGAAGUAACAGCGGCCUUUGCGGUGCCUCACAGGCCGUUUGGAGAGGGAUCAAGUAGAGAAGUAGCAGCGAGCUUUGCGGCACCUCGGAGGCCGUUUGGAGAGGGAUCAAGUAGGGCUGUGACAGAAUCAAUAGACGAUGCAGGUGCAGGAUCAGAGGCCAUGGGGAGGGAUUCAUCUGCACUGGAGAGGGGGGGAGAGGAGGAGGAGAAGGAGGAGGAGGAGGAGGAGGAGGAGGAGGAGGAGGAGGAGGAGGAGGAGGAGGAGGAGGAGGAGGAGAAGGAGGAGGAGGAGGAGGAGGAGGAGGAGGAGGAGGAGGAGGAGGAGGAGGAGGAGGAGGAGGAGGAGGAGGCGGAGGCGGAGGCGGAGGCGGAGGAGGAGGAGAAGCAUUACUAG